AUGUCAUACUCGAGUACCAGCGGGGGCACUCUUACUCUGCCCUCGCCCACUCAUCCUCAUAACGUUGACGUGAGCUCUGCAGUUCGGUCGCUGCGUCGCUCUCUCUCUCGGUCACCGUCCAAGUUCCGGCUGUCUAGCACUGCUUCUCCCACUCUCACCUCUACUCCCAUGACUUCGUCCAUCUUCCGGCAGCCGCUAACCCCCGCGCCAACGGAUCGGUCAUUGUUCUCAGACCAGCCCGGGCCAGCCACGGGAGCUUCGUCAACCCCGAUCCCCGCAACUCCUGCUGGUCCUGCCGAGCCUUCGUCUCCUAAGGCUGCCGCAUUCACGGCUCCUCCUCCGCUGCCCGCGGCAACACCUCUUCUACGGUCUAACAUCAAGCUUUCACUGCGGUCUACUCGGUCUGCCAAACCAAUAACACGUCCCUUGGGUCGCCAGCGACUGUCUCCUAGGAAAAGCCCGCUGAAGCGCGUCUUUGGCCCUGCCCCCGACUCGGGUAACCCAAUUCCUUCAGCUUCUUCUUCGUCAUCUUCGUCUUCCGACUGCGAGGACAACGACCAAGAAAAUUUGGAUCUGCCUAGUGGCGCUGAGUCACCCAUCGAACUGAGCCCCACGGCUCGUCGCAGCUCCGAGCGACGCAGCUUUGAGCGCGCCAAUCGGCUUUCUUUCAGUCUUGAAAGCAACGGCUCUGGCAAGAGCGGCAUGGCCAAGUUCCUGGACAAUGAGGACAAGUCUACUUUCCCUUCGAUUUCCGUCAGUCCUCUUAAGCGUAGUGACGCUGCUAUGAGCGUUGACCAACCCACCUUUGGUAGCCCAGUCGCAAAGCGCCGCAGCCUUCACGGUAUUUCCGGCGUCAGCAACGGCGUAUCGGUUUUCGACCAGAAUCCCGCAUCGACUACUCCAACUAAUAUGGCGACCAAGGAUAGUAGUAACGGCGCCUUCGACACCCAGGACGAUGGCAAUCAAGAGUACCGACUAACCGGCACGACCGCAUCGCCAUUCCGCGAUCCUGUCGCCUCUCCGACUCCCACGGUUAUGCCCAAGCGUACUUCUUCCCUUCGCAAGAGCACACUACAGCAGCGCCUGGGCGAAAGCCGCGGUGCCCUGAGUCGCCGCGCCGGCGAGAAGCAGAUUUCCCAGCUUGCGGAUGGCGCGAGCACCCCGAUCCCCCGCAAUAGGCUCCGCUUGUCGCUGGAUCAUUACACGCCUACCGAAGAGCGCGUCAACCUCUUCGGGUCUCCGGCCCCGUCUUCUUCCUUGGCCCAGCCUGCGCCGCGACCUGCGAACCAGCCUCAUCCGCUGUCCCGUUCUUUGACCCAGUCAUCCUCCAGCUCCAGCCAGCCGGAUGACUCGCCUACACAUGUUCCCGUUUCACAUAUCGGCGAGAGGCCGCGUGUGCCGCUCAACUUCUCUAAGUCGCUUCCUCCGGGGUCCCAGCGACCAACUAGUGAUUCCCAAAUGACCCCGCAGUACAAGCAGGCCAAGCCUCUGCAGUCGGCGUUCCUGUCGACCGGCUUGGUUUCCAAGAUGAACCGCAAUCCGGAUCUGCUCCCGCCGAAGCACUCUGGUUUCAAGAUGUCCCAAAUGCCGGAUACGCCUUGCAAGAAGCAGCCCUACAACUCGAAUACCUUCCCCCCUCAAGGCACCAGCGGCGGCCGGCGUCAGCGCAUCUCAUUGGGUAGCCCGUCCACCCCGUUUAGCGGCCUGGUGGCGCCAAUCCGCGAGAACAACCCGUUUGGAAGCCAGGAUAAGUCCGGCAGUUUCCUGUUCCAGCAGGUUCGCAACGGUCCCGGUAGGAAGUCGAGCGUUCUGAGCCUGGACGGCGAUGAGCUGGUCGGUAGCCAUGACGACUUCCCUCCUCCGACGCCCACUAAGAACGUGCUCUUCAACAAGUCAUCGACGACGCCAGUCCCGAGCGCUCGCGAUGAGCAGAGGGAAUCGUACACACCUUUCGGCACGCCGGUACCGGGCUUUGGCCUGGGAAGAAUCGACGACACCCCUUCGAAGAUCGGUCCGACGCAGAAAGAUCGGGCCGUUGAGGGCAUCACUCGUCCCACGACUCCCUUCUCGGGCGCGAGUCCGUCGCUGAGCUUCUCUCUUGGCCUGAACAACAGCCGCUCGCAGCCCGCGUCCUUCGCUACUCCUGCCCCGAACCGGACCGGUCCUGCCUCCUUCGGGGUGUUUGGCCAGUAUACGAGGAACGAGGCUACGAAGACCCCUCUCGGCAAGGAGAACCGGCCGCCGCAGACACCGCAAGACGGGUCGGUCAUGCCCGACCCAUGCUCUCGGUCAAUCUCUGCACGGCCGCCCCCGGCCACACCCACCGGUUCUCAGCCACCUUCGCUCUUUUCUAGUGUCAUUGAUCGCCGGCUGAGCGUCACUCCUCAGAAUCGCCACGGCCCAGUCGAGGUUGACGAAUCGCUCAUGAGCCGCUUCGACAAGUCGGAGCUCAUUGGUAGCGGCGAGUUCUCUCAGGUGUACCGCGUCGUCAAGGCGUCAGCUCCUAGCAUGUUUCUGACGGGCUUUUCGACAACUCCGCGCACGCCUUCUAGCCCCGACGACAACUCCCGAGUGUUUGCCGUAAAGAAGCUCAAGCUUCCCUUCCACAGCGCCCGUGAGCGUGAGGCUAAGAUGAAGGAAGUGCACAUCCUGCAGACCCUCAGCCACUCCAGCAAGAUCGUUCAGUUCAUCGACAGCUGGGAGCAUAACGGCCAUCUCUACAUCCAAACCGAGUACUGCAGUGAGGGCAGCCUCGAUGCCUUCCUUCGCGAGAUUGGGCAGUGUGGUCGCCUGGACGACUUUAGGAUUUGGAAGAUCCUCCUGGAAACAACUCAGGGUCUCAUGGCGAUUCACCAAGCUGGCUUCAUCCAUCUCGACAUCAAGCCGGCCAACAUCUUCAUCACCUUCGACGGUUACCUCAAGAUUGGCGACUUUGGCAUGGCCACCUCCUGGCCUGCUCCCAAGGGCAUCGAAGGCGAAGGCGAUCGCGAGUACAUCGGCCCGGAGAUACUUCUCGGCCAGUAUGACAAGCCUGCCGAUAUCUUUGCGCUUGGCCUCAUCAUCCUUGAGAUCGCAUGCAACGUUUUCCUUCCCGACAACGGCCCGACUUGGCAGGCAUUGCGGAAUGGCGACAUGUCGGUCGUCCCACCUCUGACGCCUGGCGAGGCCGGUGCUGUUCUACGCGACGCCAACGGCGUGCCGAUCUGCAACGACUCAGGGGUGUCGAUGCCCGAUGAGGAUAGCUCAUUCGCGUUCAAGGGUAUGACCCAUGACGCUAGCAAUCUCUUUGGUUCCCAGCGGCGUCCUGAGCUGCGCGAACCGCCGCCAUUCCUGGCCGAUCCCAACCACCCGCACUCGCUCGACAACCUAGUUAAGUGGAUGAUCCAGCCGAAUCCCAAGGACCGCCCCACUGCUGAGCAGUUGCUGGCCUCGGAGCCGGUUACCUGGAUUUCUAGUCGUCGCGCAGCUGGCGCGACGGUCUUUGAGGGCAACUGGGGUCCGCAAGUCGGCCCAAGCGUCCAGGAAGGGUCCGACACCGAGAUGACGGGUGUUUGA